AUGCUUCAAAAUCGAAUAUUAAGAAUCAUUCAAAGAACUCCGAAGUUUUUCUUUGGAAACAGGAAGCCUCCCAAAGGGUUUGAAAAUUUUGAGAGACCAAGAGUUGAAGAAGAAUAAGGAAGAACUGGGUUGGAGAAGGAGGCGAAGGAGGAGCAGCAACAGGAGCAAGAGAGAUAGGAAUCGCAAACAUCCAACAAAAACAAUAAAGACUUCAGUUCACAAUCAAAAUGGAAGAAACAACAGCAACAGCAGAAUCAACCUGAAGAUUAAGAUAAUCAAAGCAGAUUGCUUUUCACCAUAUCAGGUGCAUUGAUGGGCUAUUACUUGAUUGAUUAUGUUUUGCCCGGCAGAGAAACUCGAAUCAACAUCACUCAAUUCGUGAAUCAGAUCUAUCCUACUACAAAAUCAAUAGAAAUCAAGCCAUCCGCCGAUUCCGAAGCCAUAUAUGCUCAUAUCACUUCAGAAAAAGGAAAAUACAAGUUAAAAUUAGCUAAUCCUGACACGUUCUUAGAAAAUCUAGAAUAUUUGCAAUUGAAGGCAAAUGUGGAACCUGAAAACCUCAUAAAGGUAUCAUUCAAAGAGAACUCCAACUCAUACUUAUUGGACAGAGUCUUGGACAUAGUCCCCCUUGGUUUCGUGAUAUUCAUUUCUUACAAUGUGAUUAGAUUUUUGAGACUAUUUCGAGAAAAAGGACCUGGAGGAAUGAUGGGAAUGUUCAAGUAGAAUCAUAAGCAAUUUUAGAUGGAAUAGAAUGUGAAAGUCAAAUUCACAGAUGUAGCAGGAUUGGAUGAAGUGAAGGUAGAGAUAAAGGAGUUCGUUGAUUUCUUAACAAAUAGUAAAAAGUUUAAGCAAUUGGGUGCUAAAAUACCAAGAGGAGCUUUAUUGACAGGACCUCCAGGAACAGGUAAGACAAUGUUAGCAAAGGCAUGUGCUGGAGAAGCUGGAGUGCCAUUCUUUUAUGUAAGUGGUUCAGAGUUUGUAGAAAUGUUUGUAGGAUUGGGUGCAAGUAGAGUUAGGGAUCUGUUUGAAUAGGCUAAAUAAAAGAGUCCUUCCAUUAUUUUUAUUGAUGAAAUAGAUGCAAUUGGAAAGAAAAGACAAGCGAAAUUUGGUAAUGAUGAAUCUGAAAACACUCUGAAUCAAUUGUUGGUUGAAAUGGAUGGAUUUGCUACGGAUCAUAAUGUAAUUGUUUUGGCUGCAACUAAUAUGGCUGAUCAAUUAGAUUCUGCAUUAACAAGACCAGGCAGAUUGGACAGAUUCAUAGAAGUCACCUUGCCAGAUAUCAAUGGCAGGAAAUAAAUCUUUUUGGUUCAUCUUAAACCUUUGAAUUUGGAUCCAUCCAAAACUGUUGAAGAAUAUGCAAACAGAUUGGCCACUCUCACUCCUGGAUUCAGUGGAGCUGAAAUAGCCAAUUUAUGCAAUGAAGCUGCAAUAUUAGCAGCUAGAUAAUCCAAAUAACAUGUAGAUGCACAUGAUUUUGAGAUGGCUGCGGAGAGAGUCAUGGCUGGCAUUGAGAAGAAAAGAAUCAUCUCUGAAGAAGAACGAAAGGUAGUUGCAUAUCAUGAAAGUGGACAUGCUGCUGUGAGUUGGUUCUUAGAGGGUGGAGAUCCUUUAUUAAAAGUAAUUACUAUCAUAUUAUUUCUAUAGUUAACCAUCAUUCCGCGUUCCAAAGGGUCUCUGGGUUAUGCGUAGUAUUUACCUAAUGAAAGUGCUCUUUUCACCAAGUAGGAAUUACUAGACAAAAUAUGUUGCAUCUUGGGUGGUAGAUGCAGUGAGAAACACUUCUUUUAAAGAGUAACCACUGGGGCUUAUGAUGAUUUACAAAAAGUCAAGAAUUUGGCUUAUAACAUUGUGACCAAGUAUGGGAUGAGUGAGAAGAUUGGCAAUUAAGGCUUUAGGGAUGAGAAUGUCAAUUCGUUUAGUGAUGAGACCAGCAAGGUUAUUGAUGAUGAAGUCAGAGAAAUCGUUUUGUAGUGUACCAAAAGAACUGAGGAAAUUAUUUAAAAAUAUCAUCAACAAAUCUAGAAAUUGUCUGAGCAGUUAUUAGUCAAGGAGACUCUUGAUCUGAAUGAUCUUAUUACUAUUUUAGGUGAACGACCUUUUCCACCUAAAUCAAAUUUUAAGGAAUACUUGGAUACUAAAAAAAGGGAAAAAGUAGUUGCAUGA